AUGCACCGAGGUGUGCCAGGGCCAGGCCUCAGGGGCCUGAAGAGGGCAGAGGGCUCUGCUAAGGACGUGGGGGGCUCUUGCCAGGAGGCCGGGAGAGAUUUUGGGGUGCUGAGGGAGAACGGCGCCCCCCGCGGCCUUGGCGAGGCAGAGGAGGUGCCAAGCAGCAGAAAGAGAGCGCGGCCAGUGCGGUCCAAAGCUCGGCGCGUGGCGGCCAACGUGCGGGAGCGCAAGCGCAUCCUGGACUACAAUGAAGCUUUCAACGCACUGCGCAGGGCGCUGCGGCACGACCUGGGCGGCAAGAGGCUCUCCAAGAUCGCCACGCUCCGCAGGGCCAUUCACCGCAUCGCGGCGCUCUCCCUGGUCCUGCGCGCCAGCCCUUCGUCCCGCUGGGCUUGCGGGCACCUGGAGUGUCAUGACCAGGCCGCGCGCGCAGGGGUCGCCGGGGACGCCGGAGACGCGGGCUCCAGCUCACUGCGGUCCGCACCACCGCCCGCCGGAUUCUUCGCGCCGCGCUGCGCCUCGUGCUCUCCGCACACCCACCUUGGAUGGCCAAGGGUGGUGGCCGAGGGGCAGGGCUUGUCUCAGGCCUCCGCGGGGAGCUGGCGCCGAUGUCCAGGGGUUCCUUUUGCUUGGCCGCUAGACCAGCCGCGGGCGGGCCCCAUGCUGGGUUACCAGCACCCUUGA